UACAUUAUUUUUGAAGUUUUUCUAUGUUUGAAGCCAUUUGAAUGCUUUUGGAUAUGCAUAUUUUUUAAAUUUGAGACAGACUUGGAAGACUUCCAGGGAAGUCUUCUCGGAAGUCUUCUAACAUUUAAUGCACUAGACGACUUUCCGGAAGUCUUCUGGCAAAGUCUUCUCCUUUGUCAAGUGGAGUCUAAACUUGUCGUUGUAGAGGAACGAGCUAUAAUAGUUUUGUUUAUGGUCUGUUUUGUAAUUUGUGUGUGUACUUACGUCUAUAUUUUUCCUGGCUCCGCCACUAUAUAUAUAUAUAAUAUACAACUGUGCUUUCGUUUUUAAAUAUUUUUUUUUAUCUAAGGGCUAUCUAACCGAGACAAUGUCUAUAUAAACGUAGGUGAUGACAAUAAGUAUAUGGUGAGACGACAUCCUAAAUUGUGAAUGGUUUGCCACUUAUGUUCUUGUGUACUCCAAACUUUGGAAGACUAAUUUUCAUAUGAUUGUCCAUAUUUUAUUUACGCUAGUCGUGGGGAAGGUUAUAUUUAUUACGAGUCUAGUGCGUUGACAUAUCAAAUUCAACUUGGUUAUGGUCUACCACAUCUGACUAUGUCAAUUUUUGAUUGAGAUCAUAUUGCCAUAUUAGUAGAGCCUAGUGCUAUAAACAUAUAACUAAUGCUGGGAAAAACCAAGACUAUUUUCGUUAUAUGGCAUGUGAAUAUGUUUUAUCUUCAUAGCAUUGUUGAAACUAGAGAAGUAUAGCAUAUGCUUCUUCCUUUUUAACGCAUAUUUAGCAUAUGCUUUAUCUUGAGAAUUAGGAUAAAACCUGCGCCUUGCGCUGUGUGAAAUAUUUUUUUUUUUGAUGAAAUUUCAAAUUUAUUGAUCAAAAGAUGAUAGAGGAUUUACAAUAUGGUGAAUCUUUAAUCUAUAGUGUAAGAAAAUGAAAGAAUGAGGUGUUUUAGAAAGGGUAAACAUCAAAUCAUCUUCUUAGGAGUCCCUCCAGCUUAUGAUUCCCCACGUACUUAAGGGAAGAUAUACGAUUCUUCACCAGCUUCCCAAUGGCUCAAGUCGUCAUGUCCACUGAUGUUUUCAUAUUGUAAAAUCUGAUGAUUUCUAAAUACAUGUGUUUUGUGGUAAAAAUAUAUUUGGUAUUUAUGUUUUUCUCAAUAUAGAAUAAUUAACUAACUAUAAAUAUUUGGUAUACAUAGAAAAUGUAUAGAAGUUCAAAUCCACCAAUUAAAAUGUGAUAUCAUUGAUACUCCUAUAAUCAUAAAUUAAGAGUUGUGAAAAAAAUUUGAAGGUAUUUCUAAGGGAAAACUCAACCGUAUAUAUAUAUAUAUUAGGCAUAGGUAGGUUUUCGGAUUGUUUCGAAAGUUAAAAUAAUUAGCAUUAAUUAUCUAGAAACCGUAUUUUAGUAUGAUAUAUUGAACCAAUAUUUAUUUUCAAUAACUACCAAAAACAUAUUAUUUUCUUAAAUUAAACUUACCAUAUCGAAAUUCUUCAAAAUUUUGUUCCAAACUUAAAAAUUCGGUGGAAGGAUUAACUUGGUGGAAAAUUUUCUUAUUUAUUUAAACAUCCUGGUAUAAAAAAAAUAAUUUAAACUUACCAAAAGAGCUUGAUUAUAAAAGUGCGUAUCACUAAAAUUUGGUUCCAAUUUUAGGAUUUUUAUUAUCUUCUAACGAUAAUAAUACCGACAGUUUAUGAUUGAUCCUCCUUCGGCUCAAUUGAAAUUAAAAAGAACAUUUAAGUGACCUCAAAUAUAGAUAAUCCGAAAUAAGUAUUUGUUUUCUAAUUAAACAUAUUAUAUUGACAAAUUUAAGAUUUAUAUAUGAUCGAAUUGUUUUUAUAUGUAUACAAUUUUUGAUUGUUUAUAUAAUCAUCUAUAUGUUGAGCUGAUACAUUUGGAUAUUUUCUUUUACAAACUUAUCAGUAAAUAAAAUUUAUAUAUUUUCGAUUUUGAAGUUACACUAAUUUUUUGAAUAUCAGAUUUUUACUUUCUUUUUGACAACAUAAGAUGGAAAAUUAAAAUAUUAAAAAAAUAAUUACAAAUUGGAUCAAGCUUAAAAUUUGAAGUAUAGUUUGGUUAUGGGCCACAUUAAGACAACAUAAAAUUUUUCAACCCGACUAUUAUUAUACUUAAGGCCCAAAUAUAGAAAUAUGAUAGUAUUAUUUGUUUGCAACCGAUACUUUGAAUAGAAUGAAAGUUAGAUUAACAUGAUAUAUAUCAUUAACUACUACUAAAUGUCAUUAUUAAUGUUUUCCUAGACUACGAAAAAAUAAUUAGGCAGGUGCCAAAGCUUUUUCCUAAUCUUCAAUAUAAAUUUCAUAAUUUAAGUUCUAAAGAAUUUUGUUGCAAGGAAAAAUAUUUUAUAUAUAAGUUCGUUUGGUAAUAACAAAACAACUUAAUUUCUGUAUUACUCUUUAUAUAAAUUUAAGUUGGCUGAGAACCAAACAAUAUUCUUCUUUUUUUUAUUAACAAAACGAUUUUGAAUAAUUGUGUCUCUUUGCUAUUUUUUUAUCAAAGCAUCUAUUUGCUAUUAAUAAAAAAAACUAACACUUAAAAAAAUCACUACUUUCCGAUUUAUAGCAAAAACAUGCAAUACUUAGGUCAUAAUAUAUAGAAAACUUUGAUUUAAAUUGUUGUCCAAGUAAUACGAAUUAAGAGUAUUUCUUACAUUUUAAAAAAAAAAUUAUUAUGUUGGAUCACAAUAUAAAUGAACCUUGAGCCAUUUAACGAAAGUCUCAUUUAAUGAGAUCGCUGAGUAUUAGUUUAAUGAGAUCGCCGAGUAUUAAGUUUAUCAUAACAUAUACAUUUAUGUUUGGAUUAAUAUAAUUUUUCCUAACAAUUGGAUUUUGGACUUACUAAUUUUUCAAUUGAUUCUUAGGUAAUACACAAUUGGUUUGAGAUGAACCCACUGGUUUUUGUGUAAUAAAUACACAAUAUAUAAAUUUAACUGAUACACAAUUGUUUAUCACGGCUAAUAUAUUCGAUAUAUAAUCAUAACUUUAAUACGAUCAUAAGUUCUUAAUUUUUAUAUUUAAUAAAGAAAACAUAUGUAAUCCACUUAUUGUAGUUUCCUUAACUAACGCACAAAAAUAUCGAUUCAUGCCUUGUUGCCAAAGUAUUUGUGUAAUAACCACACAAUGUCCAUAUUUAACUGAUACACAAUUGCUUAUCAAGGCUAAUAGAUUCGAUGUAUAAUCUUAAUUUAUAUAUCGAUAAUAAGUUCUUAAUUGUUACUUUUAAUAAGGAAAACAUAAUUUACAGUUACCUAAUUUCCAGUUAUUCAAAGUGUGUAUAACGGUGAAGAGAACAUUAUUUUGCGAUUCCGGUCCAAUUUUUUCUUUGAUUAUGGUUCAGUUCAAUUAAAAGAUAGAUGCCCCAGAGAAUCAAUAUUAACAAUACAAAACCGUACACCUUCUUCGGUUUCUCAAUAAACGUAUACCGUACAAAUAUGACCACUGUCUGGUGUUCUUACGUUUAGUAGUCGGUUUCUAAGUCUAUGCGACCAUGUCUCAACAAUGUAUAAUCUUUUAUACAAAUUUACAUGUUCAGCACAGUCAUUAAUGAGAGAAUUUGCUUAUAAUAGUGAACCCAUUUGUUUACUUAGAUCUUUUAUUCUGUUUUUCAUGUUUCAUGUUUGAAACUUCAACGUAUAGCUGCGAUUUGGAGUCAUUCAUUCCACGAACUAUAAGAAUAUGCAUGAAUAUUAACCAACGAAUUGACCAACCAAUAGAAAAGUAUAUGUAUUAUUCUGCGUUAAUAUAUAGUUAUGCUUAUAUGAUAAGGAAAAUAUAUCAUAGACCAUAAUUAUAAUGAGCGUACUAUUUGUAUUGAAUGUCCACUACAUAUAUCUAAUAUAUAUAAAGUAAGCUUGUGCUCUGCGCACAGCCUUCCACGUUAGUAAGAAGGAAGAGGUGUUUUUGGACACGUGUCGCUCACCAAACCAAUGAUUUAUGUGUAAUCCGGUCUUAUUCGAACUGGGCUUUUAUUAAAUUUUGUUAGUAAGCCCAAUGUUAUGUCAAGCCCACGUAUUAUUACGUAUCUUCUUCCUCUCAAGCUUGCGACUUCCGCGACCAAUUUCCCGAAACUUCAAUCGACAUUACGAUCUCCAUAACGUCUCAGCUUUCUAUUAAUACAUACUUAACUCUGAGUUUUUGCAUGAUUAACCCAUCCCUCCCACGGCAUUCAAUCGAGCUCUUUAAUCUAAGUUUAAGAUGAUAUUGUUUAUUUCUGUUCGUGACCUUUGCGAUUUCUCCAUCUUCCUCCACUCACUUCAUCUGUUAUUGACAUCAUAAUUCCUCUUCGAUCCCCAUUCUCUCUAUAGAAAGCCAGAUGCAAGUGAAAAAAACCUAACAAACUAGGGAAUUAAGAUUCACUGAAUGAGCACUACAAAAAUUUGGCUUCAAGCGAUCUCAGGGAUCCAAACCGGAAAACAAAAUAGCAUAGCUAUUCGAGCAAAGAUUGUGUCUCUUCUCCCUUGUCCAUGGUCAAAUCGCUCCUCCAAAAGCCGAAUCGUUAGUUUGUCUCUACUCCCUAAUUUUCAUCUCGAGUCCUCAAUUUUCAAAUAACUACAUAUAUUCUGCUCUGUUUUUUUUUCUUGCAGGAAGGAUUCAUCUUAACCAUAAGGUAAAUAGAAAACCCAUAUUCACUUUGUUUUGAUUUUGUAUUACCUUUCCUACCAAUGAAUUUAUGCUAAUUGAAUUUGUUAAUUAGCUAUUGAACUUCAUGUUUCAGCUUUACGAUAACACCUUUAUUUUGCUUAAACUAUUUGUUUCACUGAUCAACCAGAGUUUUAGCUGUGAGUUGUGUGCAUUUAUAUGGUUCGCAGAUGUUUUCUUCUAAUGUAUGAAAGUAGAUUUUGGAGGCGUGUAACAUGUGAGUCAGUCUCCACGUCAAUCUAACCGUGGCAAUGAGCAGACAUGUGCCUCAAAUGCUCUUGCUCUUUUUAUACAAUCUGUUUCUAUAUAUGCUGAAGAAAGAUUUUUUAAAAAUUUGUUACCUUUCUCCUGUCUAAAUUUCUAUUAAGCAUUGUAUUCUUAUGGGUUUGGAAGGCUGACAUUCACGCACUCAAUGAAUUCUGCAGGUAUUCUUGUGGGUGUGCAGUUCCUUCGACGUGCAAAGAUUACUGGGAAGAAAAUCACGGCUGGUCAUAUCUUUUCAAGCCCUUGGACGCAACACUCCGGCAACUGCGUUCUGACCGAGGUUAGCUCUUGAGCUUGGGAUUCAUUACUUGAACGUAAUUUCUAUAGUCUUGAGUUGGGUGUUUUGUGUUUAUAACCAGCUCCAGUUAUGGUAAUUGUGAAAGUGCAUUGCUUUAGUGUUCUUUUCUGCUCCCUACAUGCCUUACAUCUUACAUAAUCUUUGUUUCAAGAACAAUGAUGCACGUGGUGAAGAUCUUGAGGCUGGUGGUGGCGAUCUCUACCUUUAGGAUUUCUCUUUUGUUGGCUGCAGUUACUCUGCAAACUCAUACAUGGUUGGUGAGUCAGCGAGCCUGCCGAUUUGUCCUAUUUUUGCUACUUAUUGUUCUCAACCAGCUAAUAUUGUUUAGAUGUAACCAUGUUUUGGUUUGCACCAGAUAGCGAUAUGCUUCGUAGUGUCUAUUAAUGGUUGGAAUCGGGAGACUACAGUUUCCUACCUGUUCUCAAGAAGCAAUUCUCUUGCAGCAUGUACUUCACUACUCUCUUUCUUUCUUAUGUUGAUCAUGUUGAAUUCUUUUACGAAUCUGUUUUAGUUGUAUUGCAGGUUGUUGCAGAGUAUUCAAUCUUUCCAUGUUUGAACCAUCCAUGUAAAUACACUUUCCAUGUAAUUAGAAUCAUCCUUGAAUUAUAAUUUCAAUGUAGUUCAUGAUUGGUUGUGUUUCGUAUUCUAAUUCUUGAGUGAUUUUUGCAAGAGCUUCAACUCUGCUUUCUCAUAUUAUAUGAUCAACAUUAUCAAAGUAUUAUAUAUGUCAUUGCUUUGCACUUGCAUUCUCAGUUUGUUACCUCUGGUUUUAUUUUCUGAUUGUUUGUUCAUAUGAUUUUUCAGAGAAUCAAAUUUGGUUUGGGACCAGACAGGAAACUAAAAUUUCCUUCUCAUCAACAUAAGAUACAUGCUUUCCGCUCUUAGACAGUACGCUAUAUCCACAGGAAACCCUCUUUGGAGACGUGGUGAUCCGCACAACGCCCCCUGCCUACGAUCAACAGCCUCAUUCCACUUGUUUCUUCUCAGACAAAAAGGUCAUGGGAAUUUCGGUAUGGCAAAUCACAGAGAUCUUUGCAAAUCAAUAAAAAUUCUCAUUUAAAAAACCUUAAUUAUCAAGUUAGAGUUUAGGAUUGAUCUAGGAGGGAAAAUUGGGGCUUAUGAUGAUCCCUGUAAUGUUUAGCAUGAACAUCAUCAUAACCUACACUGAUCAUCAUCCAUAAGGAGACUGAAGCUAAACAUUAACUUGGUCAAAGAUCUUUUUAUAGUUUUGAUACUGGUUCGCAUUAUUUCUCGUGUAUCUAUUUAAAUAUGUUCAGAUCCAUUUAAAAGUGUCUAAUACAGUGUUAAAGAAGUAAUCUAUACAGUCUGCUUAAUGAACAAAUAUCUAAUAACAAUGUUGAAGAAGUAAUCUAUACAGUCUAUAGAUAUUUACUCUCCAUGUCCAUCAAAUAUUUAAUAUUUACAACAGUAAAUUCUUAUACAUGGAGUCUGUCACUAUCAAAAUUGAAUAAUUGUAUAUUAAAACUAUAGAAAGGUUAUGGCAAAUAUGGAAGAAUUCAAUUGCAAAAGCUAGAAAACCAUUAAGUCAUUACCUCUCUGCAAAUGUAGAAGUCAAAACAAAUGCAACUAUUAAAUAUUACUAAGUACGAAUUUAUUAAUAAUUGUUUUUUUCAAUUCUGUUAACUAUUCUAUAUUUUUCAUUUUCUAUAGUUUAGCUCACAUAUAUUGACAAAAUACUUAGUACCCAUAAACUUUAUAUAAUUUUUAAAUAUUUUUAUACAAUAAUUUGACACAAUUUUCUGUUAACGUACAAUAAUUCAGAAAAAAUACAUAAUAAAUUUAAAAUAAAUUAAUUGCAACAAAAAAACUUUUGACACAAAAAAUAAGAAAAAUAUUUACAAUAUUGUUUCUCAGGUUUUAUCAAAUCCACACAAAAGUGAAUCCCAGCCAAAGCUUAGAAAAAUUAAUAAAAAGAAAAAGAAAACAACAAUAAACUAUUAUUACAUAAUCAAAACAUUUUUUUUGAAAAACAUUUUUUGAAAUAUAAAAUAACAACUAUAAUAAAGAAAAAUUGAUAAUUUCUUGACAAUCUAUAACUUUGAGCUGUGACAAAUAAUAUUUUAGAAAAAAUACAUAAUAUAAUAAACAGAAAAAUUAAUAAAAACCAAAAGAAGAUAAAUUCAUUAUAACAUUGCUUUACAUUUUUUAUAAAAUCCGCAUCAAUAAGAAUAAAAAUGGAAUCACACGAAAAAGUUCAUUUGGUCAAAAAAACCAAGUUAAAAAAAUUAAUAAGAUAAAAGAUGGAUAACCAUAUUUAAAGAUUAAUAUAUAUUCAAAAUAUACAAUAUAAAAUAAUAAACAGUAAAAUAAUAAUAAUAAACAGUAAAAUAGUAAAAAUAAAACAUAACUCAAAGCAUAUAAAUUUUAAGAAUAAAAAUAUAAAACUCAUAAGAACAAAAAGGAAGAAAUGACUAUCAAACCAUUGACCAUCCAUCCAAUUACUUUUCUAACAAAGUAUAACGAUUUUAUGACAAAAUGUUUAUCAGCUGGAAACUUAGAAAUUCAUUAUGUAAAAAGCUUUCAAGAAUAUUUUGAAAAAAACAACUCCGUCAUCGGCUUCCAUCAUCAACAAACAUCAGUAGACGGUUGUACCUAGAUGCAGUUUACGUAUACAGUAUAACAAUGAUGUGCAAAGGUGAAAAAAUGUAAGAGAAACCUACAUUGAUAAAAUUUGUUGGACGCAAGACUAUAAUCUCGGCGAUCAAUGCUAGAGUCGUAUUAAGAAAACAUUGCAUGGGGUAUUAGUUAAAAGAAAACUUAAGUGUUACUCAAUCACUUUACAAACAAUGAAUGGUACAAUAUAAUGUCACCCGAACAACAUCAACAAGAUAUACAAGAACAGUUAUGUCUAGAUGCAAAUGAUUAAAUUCAUCUACUUUAACUGAUAUGUGGUGAAUCUCUUUUUAUUGCUUGACAUUUGAACAAUCGCAACUACUUUUAUGUAUUUCAAUAAUAACAAUUAUUUGUAUUAUGUUGGCCACAAAUAUACAAAUAUUAUUACUCUUUUACAAUUAAUUUUUGUCUAACUUUCUUUUCUCAAACAUAUACACUACAUAAAAUAAACAUUUAUACAAUACACUAAAAACUCAAUAGUUUAACCGAAAAACAAACAAAUAUCUAUCAAGAAAAAUUUAUACAACUCCAAAAGAAUAAUUCCACCACAUUAUUACAAUUCAGUUCCUAAGGCACCAAUAACAAACACGUCACAUCCUUUCUACAAAAUCCAAAAAAAAAAAACAAAUAACAUAUGUGAUUAGCGCAAAUGGCAAACAAUCUGCGCGUAGCAAACACAUGUAUUUACAUGUUUUUCCUUUUGGAACAUCAACUUUGUUUUAUGUUUAAGUUCAACUAUAUUUAAUUUGGUGCAAGUCAGCUAUUUAUUCGAUUUUUAUUGAAUUGAUCAAUGAAUACCACCUACACUCAUGUCUCUGGAUCAAAAAAUAAUUUUAAAUUCAUUAGAGAAUAAAACAUACGAACCCGGCGCGUAGCGCCGGAAUACCACUAGUCGUAACAUAAUAUGCGGUAUAACCGUCGAGGACUUGUAUUUAGCUAGGGAGUUAUAUGUUUAGACUAUGCUAUUCCCAAACUCUUCCAAAUUCAGACAUGUCAGCAUUAAGAGGGCUUAAACGAAUGCCACAUCAGCACGGUCACUUUUUAAUUAGUACAAACUUGAGGUUACAUAUUUUUAAAAGAUCCUCAAUUAAUAUAUAGGGGAUACUAACAUUUAACUCCUAUCAAUAUUAAUAGAAAAUCCUGACCGCUACGGUUAAUGGGCCACCCACGCCCGUUCACUCGGCCCGUGGACCCAUCCCGUCAGACGGACAGUUUGUUAAUUUUUCAAAAUGCUUGGAAUCAUUGUUUACUGACCCUAUAAUCACCACAUGACAUUUUUCGUGCUUUGGCUUCACUCACACGGUAUCGCGAAUUACUUUUCGAUAGGUGACCAAUCCUUCCACUUAUCUAGGUCAAUCACGAUUAACUCUAGAGUUUUAAGCGGAUGUGUGCCUGAAAAUGUAAAUGUAUAUUGGUGACACAUAUAGCCAAAUCAAUUCUCUUAAGUCUUUACAUAUAUACCAGAAAUUAGGAUGUUGUAGUUAAAUUUAACCAUUGAGAAUUUUUUGCAUAGAAUAAAAAACAUUUCUCCAAGUUCCUCUAAAAACUUCCACUGGCUUCAAAUAAGUAAAAUUCUUAAAAGUAAUUUAACGUUUAAUGUCACAAAUAUGACAUAAUAGGUCAGUAGGCUAACACAGAUUUUAGUAUUGAAAACAAAUGUCGUAAAAAUUGACUAUACAAAUAUAAACAAAAAUAGCAUACCAUUUUGACUUAAACUAACAUGCGUAGAAUAACUUCUCAAGUCAAUAUGGUUAGUAAUGACCAAAUGGAAUCAUGGAUUUACUAUCACAAAUAAAAUCUAAUUUGAUAAAUGUGAAAAUUUGCUAACAUGCAUCUUACAAGUUGAAUAUCUAAAGAGAUAAUUACUCAAUUAGUAUAGAAAAUUUAUGAUAUUACUAGAGUAGCAUACAUUUUCUAAAAAUUAUUCUAAUGUUGGUAAAAUUCUAGUAUAAUUACAAUAAAUACCUUUGGUUAGUUUUUUUUUAAUUGUGAUUAUUUAUAAUUAAAAAUGAUUAAAAUUAUUAACAAAUCCAUGUCACUAAUAACUAUGAUCUCAAUUAAAGGACGUUUAACUUAAAAGUUUUGUUGUUAAAAAAAACUUAUAACUUCCUUCGUCGAUUAAACCUUCACCGCUGUUUGAGUCAAGAUUGUCAUCUCCAAAAUCAUCUUCUCCAGCAAUCAUCUUCUCUGCAAGCGUUUUCUCUAAAAUCAUCUUUAAACAAUUUUCUGAAAUUGUCUUCUCCGAUAAGUUUUGACGCUUUACUUUGAGUAUUUCAAGUUUGUGGCUGAGUUACUUCCUGCCAAUCUUUGAAAACCUAGCUAUAAGCAGUUUGUGUUCCGAGGAGAAAAGGCAAUCAGAAAAAUACCCAAAUCAGCAAUUGUCGGGGUGUAUUCAUUGAAGCUUGUCGAGAGUAUGAUGGACAGUGCUUACUUUGUUGGAAGAAACGAGAUUCUCGCUGGCGGGUUAUGAUGAAUAUUGCUUAUUUGAUGAAGGGCCACAUGUGAUUUGAUACCCAGAUUUGGAUAAUCUAAUUUUUUUUCCAAAUCUGAGUGACCGAGAAGCUUGAACAAGAGGAGAAUGGAGGAGACGGAGAGAAGGGACAGAUUCAACAGAGACGACGUGGAGGAAUUCAAUGAAGCCUGGAGCACUGAGGGAUUAUCACGGGAGUAGUGCAGCAAACAUGUAUUUUAUGUUUUCUCUAUAAAAAACAUAACUCAUCCGUGUAUUUUGUAUUUGAUGCACCACUCCGGUGAUAACCCUCAUAUAUCUACGUAUAUAUUGUGUAAAUUUAAUUAUAUAAAAUAUAAAAUAGAAAAAAGUUAUUGUUUGGAUUAAUAAAAUUUAUUUAUGUAGUCACACCAAUUUAAUUAUCGACGUAAUAGUUACUGAUUUUUUAAUUACCCAAUAUAUAUAUAUAUAUAUAUAUAUAUAUAAUAUUGAAAAGCACAUAAUACAUAUAAAUAACUUAUAUAUACAAUGUUCAUCUCCCGCAAGGCGCAUAUCUUAACAUAGUACUAGUAUAUACAUAUAUCUUUAUAGAGAUAUUCUCUGAUGUACUUUGUGCUUUACGAUUGUGCCAUAGUUCUUGCAUUUACAUAAUUUUCAAUUACAUUUAUUUGUCUACAUGAAUUUUGAUGAGAUUUAAAGUGAAUUGUGAUUUUUAUGUUGGAAAUUACAAUUAAGAUUUCAUAACACUUUCUUUACAAAGUUAAUUACAUUUAAAAAUUAAUAAAUAAAUUUUUCCCACUCUUAGUUUCCAAAAAUUACUUCUAGAAGUAAUUAAAACCUUUAUUUUUUAAGUUAAUAGUAACUUAAGGGAACAAAACUGCUCAAAAAUCCUAACAAUAAGAAAGCGAUUCUAGAUACUAAUUUCGUUGUGGAAGCACCUUAGCCUAUUGGUUAAGGUUUAAAGGCUUCUACACCCAGGUCUGGGGUUCAAAUCCCAAACUAUGCAAUUUCUUGCAGAUUAUAGGAUGCGAAGCUUUCGGAGGUUCCAGAGUACUGUAAGCAGAGCCGUUCGUUGUGGUCGCCUAUUGUGGUGAGAGCCUGUCCAUCGAGGAUGUCGUACAUGCAGAACCGUCUGUGGUUUCAAGUGUUUCGGGGAAAGCUUCAUCGUGGAAUCAUUAUUCGUGGAGCUAUUCAUCAUUAUCGCAUAUGUUCCAGGUAGUUGAUCAUCAUAUCUAAUAGAUUUAGAGAUUAUAUGAUGAUGUAAUGUGUUACCCAGCAUUAAAAAAAAAAGAUACUAAUUUCGUAUAAAACUAUAAAACAAAUCAAAUAUAGGAAAAUAUUAUGUGGGAGAUCAAUCUAUUUGGAAAAGGAAAAUAAGAUGUUUCGGAUAGAGAUACUUGACUAGUCGGCUCAUCCUUGUUUUAUAAGUACACUCUCAGUGCUUUGUUUGAAACCAAAAGAUAAAUUAUCAUUAGUGCUUUGUUUCUUGCAGUGCACUCUUCUUCGUUUUGCUUUCGACAUAGGAUUUCUGGGGAGGGGAUCUUAGGGAUUCGUUUACGCUGCAGUAAAACAUCAAAGCUACCAAGGUACGUUAAGACUUUCAGUGCAUUAAUUCUUGCGCACAUCCAGUUGUUUUUGGCGUAUGCAUUAGUUUGAUUCUUUUGAAACUGUCUUUCUAGGGUUUUGUUGUGAAGCAUCUUCUAAUUGAUUCAGAAAGAUUUAAUAUGGCUCAUCCAAGGGACUUAAAGUUCUCUCCGAUUGACCAGAAUUUGGUGGGGUAUUAUCUACGCAACAGAGUUGAUACAGGAAAAGAUGGUUUCAUCACAGAUAUCAAACUUUAUGAAGACGAGCCGUGGCUUCUUCCGCACGUCAAGAAUGAUCAGUUCAAAGAGAACAUGUGGUUUUACUUUGUUGUUAGGACACGUAAUUUGGGAAGCAGGCCCAAACGCACGGUUCCCGGUAGAGGAAGCAGUAACGGCGGAACUUGGACGACAAGUGGCGUAAAGAAGGCGAUCACUGACCGUAACAACCCGAAGGUUGUGAUCGGAUACAAAACAGAACUCGCGUACCACAAGAAAGUCAAGGGAAAGCCUAAAGGAGACACCACUGGUUGGUGUAUGACGGAGUAUUGGCUUGCAAGUGAGAACGAUGCUCAGUUCCAAGAAGUAGUCUUGUGUCAUCUCCGUGACAAUAACAAGAUUGUCGUUGACCAGUCCCCAGAGAGAAAAAACGGAGACAAUGACAUCGUCACAGAGCAGCCACAACAAGAGAACAGCGAUGACAACAACAAUAUGUUUGACAACAAUAGACUCCUUGAACAACGGCCAUUGAUUCCUCCUUUUGAAGCUGAUGAUUCAAGAUUUUCAGUUCAAUACAUGACCCCUUCUGGUGAAGGACAGGGAUUGGGACUUCAAACCAUUAUGGGAUAUUCUGAUAAGGCCACUCAAGAACAACAACAUCCACCGAUUUCUCUUCCUCCUCAACGUCAAGAUUCCGGAAGGAUAAACAACGCACUUGUAAUCAUGGAAGAUGAGUGUGUUAACCAAGAUGAAAUAUUCAAUCUAGCUGACCUGGAAGCCGGCAUCACUCAUCCACAACAACAACAUCGUCAGAUGAUGAUGGAUCCUUAUGAUGAUAUAUCUUUCUCAAGAUUGGCAAUGCCGAACAACCUGAUUUACUUUCAAGAUUCAUGGCAUCAAGAUACCUCUCCAUGGAACAACACCAUAACCACCAAUCCUCGUGGACUCAUAUUCAAUACUCAUGGAUAUGACAUCCAAGAUCAAACUGUCACCAAGGGAGUCAAUCAAGAUUCAUAUUAUUAGCCGGCAUGUUCUUCUGAUGCAACACAAGAGCAAAUAAAGUAGUCAAACAUAGGAAACAUGUAUAGUUCGUUUGGUUAUGGUUAUUAUCUCUGGAUUUUUAAAAGUUUGUAAAUGAUCUUUGUGUUUGAUUAAACCGAUCCAAACACCCGUUUAUUGAAUUGUUCGGUUGCCAAUUUUGGAUUUUAAGUGAGACUUUAUCUUUA